CCUUGGUAGAACUGGGUGACGAGGUCGGUUGCUGGGUGUGGAACGCGAUCCACGUUCUGUCAAAAAGCACUUCCAGAUUGACAACAGCAAAGACAUCCUCCUGCAAACAAAGAGAAGCUUCGCGAAGCGGCUCCGAAUUUCCGAGUGGAUAACAUUAACAAUGGCGUGCUUAUAAAAUCAACACCCCGCCGCGAAAACCGUGCUUUGCAUUUGCAACGCACCCUCAACACGUAAACAAAAACAUCUGCAGCAAUGGAGUCUCGCAAUGCUCCCCACACUCUGUGCAGCUCAGCUCAACUCUCCAGCACUGGCUCAAAGUCUUCUCUCGGCUUCUUGAAUCGACCCAGAAGAAAUGAUGGCAAUGUCUUCUCAGUGGAAAAUCUUUCUGCCCGUCUGCCAGACGGACCCUCUUACUCUCUCUCUCCCACAGGCUAGCUGCGGCCAAUCGCAGGGGAGGAGGGGGGAGGAGCUAGUUGAGAAUCUGCACCUUAUUGGCGAUGGUCUCAGCGAUUGGAUGACAGAAAAAGUGGAUUUCUCCUCUUACGUCCCUCCCCCUUCCUCUCACUUCUCUCCCCCCCAUCCCGACUCCUCCCUCCACUCCUCAUCCCCCCAGCAUGACCUCCCGGUACCGUCUGACCUGGAGGUCAUGACCUCCCUGCUGCAGGAAGAGCUGGCACAGCUAGAGGAUUACUUCCUGUCCGAAUCGGAGAAACCGGAAAAAUGUGAGAAAUCUCUUCAGAUAACUGGCUUCCAACUGCCGUACCAUUCUUACCAAUCCGGCCAAUCGGAAGCCAGCCCCCUCCUGGUAACCCUGGCAACAGGAGAACUGGAACUGCUGAGCUUCUGCAGCGGUCCCAUUGGCCGGCCCAAGAUCCCUAGACCCGCCCCUUACAGUUACAAUCGGCCAACCAGUAAUAAUAAUAAUAAUAAUAAUAAUAAUAGUAAUAAUAGUAAUCGCAGACGGUCCUCAAGUGGUAGUGGAAGUGUGGGAGAGGAGGAGCUAGCUGCAGACACUUGGAGAUGUAAAGGAAAUGUCCCAGGCAGAGCAGAGAUGGCAGUCAGCUACAGCUUCACUGGACAGAAUAAUAAAGUGACAGGAGGAGGUGUGGGCUGCCUCGCCGGUCCAUUGGAGCCACUGCUAAAGGAUGAAGAGAAUUACCGUUUCCAAGAAAGCGCUGGCCAGCCUUUAGGGGAAUAUUGCCCGUCACUAGACAUGACAGGAAAGAAAGAGUUUUGUUUCAGAACGGUGACAGGUAGCGGGGAGGAGAUGGAAACCGUCAGCACGGCAGGUGGCAGCGAUCAUGUGAUAGAAAUUGUAGUAGGGAGGGAGGAAGAGGGGAGCUUCCUAGAUGUUGCAGAACCCAGAGAGCCAUACAGCUUUCUGGAAGGGGCUGAAGAGCCUGUUAAGAGCUUAGAGGCUGGUGAGUCCCACAGCUGCUUGUACCCUGGUUUUGUGGAGCACAGAUAUCCUGACUGCCUCCCGGCUGCUGAAGGAGUGGGGUCCCCUAGCUUCAGAGCAGUCGGGGUGGCAGGGGAGGCUGAAGAGUCUGAUCUGAAUCCGGAGGAAGGAACGACCCCUGCUCCCAAGGGUGGUCCAAAGGCAGUUGAACGCAGACAGAAGAAGAAGGACCAGAACAAGACCGCUGCUCACAGGUACCGUCGACGCAAGAGGGAAGAGCUGGACAAUCAGGAGGAGGAGCUCAGGGGACUGGAAGGAAAGAACCGGGAGCUGAAAGACAAGGCUGAGUCCGUGGAGAGAGAGAUCCAGUACGUGAAAGACCUGCUCAUCGAGGUGUACAAAGCACGCAGCCAGCGACUCAAGCAAGGGAGCAGCGCGUGAGAGCCAGCCCAAACUAAUACAGGAGGGGCAGCGGAACAGAACAGCUUACUUCCCCUAGGGGUCCUUGUGGCAGCUUCCCCGUCUUCAGAUACUGCCUGCCUAGAUAGACAUAUACCAGCCACUUUAUAAGCAAAUAACAAUCACCUUUUUCUCGCUACUGUAACGGGUUUAGACACGGCUCACGCCUGAGUGAGUGUGAUUUGUUAUUUUUGUAUAAUACUGUAUUCGUUUUUUUAAAAAUCUUAGCAAUAUACCGCACAACCUGUUUCUUGAAAUGUUCUUGCUAGCGCUUUGUGAAGUUGUAGGAGUUUCUCUGGCAAUGAGGCUUCUUCGUUUUAAAGUUGCAGUGUCCCCUGUUUUAAAUAGCUUGGUUAAUGCAGGCUGGCUAUAAGGUUCUGCAGCCACCAGGGGGUGCUGUUGCUGCUCCCAGAGGAGUGAACCUGGUGCUUUAUCCCCAGUUAAAAUAUAUGGACUUAAAAAAAAACCAAAAAAACAUUCAUUUAAAACUAGUUUAUUUUUUGUGUUCAGACUUGCUUCCAAAUGGAUGCCAAAGAGAAUCUUGACGUCCAAACCUCAGGCCAGGAGAAAUAUGUUAAGGUUGAAUGAAAGACUGUUCUCUGUACUAGCAUGACUUAAAGAUUACAAUUCUGGGGUGCUGCAGCUUUAAUUAUUAGCAAAUUAAUUUAAACGGUUUUGUAAGUCUUUUAGCACUUGUGUUUGUGUCAGAUGUCAAGUCAAAUAUUGUGAUGGCUUUGUUUUUAAAAUAGUGAUAGCUCAGACCGCACAUACAGCGUAUGAGACUGGACAUCGUGUAAUGUACUGCUUAUCAAUUUAAACAUUAAAUAAAGUUUUGACAAGUGUCUGCAGUGUGUAACGUGUAUGUAUUAUCGAUAUUAAAUUAUUACUUUCAUUUUAAAAGGGAAUAACAUGUUUUAAGUCUUUUAUAUAUCAAUCUUUAACCUAUUGGAAUCAAUCAGAAACCAACUUCAUUACAGUACUUACUUUUUAAAGAAAAAAAACCCAGCAACAAACGACAGAGGGAGGACACACAAUAGGAUAUGCAACAUGCGAGUAAUUAGAUAUGAAAAUGUAAGUGAUAUAAAAUACACACAGAAAGUACUGACACCUCAGUGUUUGAGAAGAGCAGUUGAUUAGGAAAACAAGGACACAACUUUCAGUGAGGGUACAUGUUUUAGAGAAUGCACCAAGUCUCUAGAACAUGUUUACAAUGGGAGUUGUUAGGAUUCGAUUCACAUGGUAAGCAUUGUAUAUAUGCCCUAGUCCCAAUAAAGGUGAGACAACUUCUAUAAUAAAUA